AAAAGAUUAAUGCUGAAGAAGACAAAGAGAAAAAUCAAGCAUUUUACGCAUCUAAAUAAAAAAUAAGUUUUAAGAUAAUUUAGUUAAUAAAUAAUUAAAAAUACUAUGGAAACGGAGAAGACUGCAGCCCAGAAGUUAGCGGAACGUAAAGAGCGUUUGCGUAACCUGCACAAACUACGACAGGAGGCUCGAACGCAUAACCAUCAAGAAGUGGUGGCCGAAGACGCACGCAAGAAGCUGCCAAACAACUGGGAAGCACGCAAAAGACAAGCAGAUUGGAUAGUGGCGGAUGAGAAGGCCCGUGAAGAGGCCAAAGCCAAAGGACUUGAUUAUGAUCGUUUAAAACUGCUCGAUGUAUCCGCCAUCGAUGCUGAGAAAAUCGAAAAGAAGAAAAAGAAACAAAAUCCAGAUUUGGGCUUUUCCACAUUCGAAGCACAGACAGCAAGACAGUAUAAUCGUUUAGUGAAAAAUAUGCCAGCUCGUGAUAUGUCGAAAUAUGAGAAACAAAAAGAAGAAUUGGGCGAGGCUUUCUAUGGUGGGCCCAACACGAUAAUACAUGGUCUGGUCAAGGAUACACCUGCUGCCAUCAAUAAUAUGGUUAAAGAUUUAGAGCAGCAAAUCGAUCGCCGCAAGAAAUACUCACGUAGACGAAUUUAUAAUGACGAUGCUGAUGUAGAUUUCAUCAAUGAACGUAAUUCCAAAUUUAACAAGAAAUUGGAGAGAUUUUAUGGCGAACAUACGGCUGAAAUUAAACAGAAUUUGGAACGUGGUACUGCUAUUUAAUUUAGUUGUGAGGCAUUUCUUUGCCAUUUUAGUUUUAAGUUUGAUUGCCAUUAUGAGAGAGUUUAUGAAAGGUACAUACCUGCAUAGGAAUAAAGUGAGUGUGACUAUUUUGUAUAAACCUAAUAAAAUGUAGCAGAAACUGACACUACCGAACUAGUGGAAGUUCAUUUAGAAAAAAAUAA